AUGGUCGAACAAAGUAGCUUUGCCCCUGCCAUCAACUUAGCUGCCCUCGAACUCUCUGCUGCAGCCUUCACUCAAAACUCUCAACGGAUUUCCGAAUCAAAUAACAUGCCUGCUCCCAACCGUUCUUCUACCGUUUUGGGCUCCCGCCCGCUCGCUAUUGUCACCAAACCCGCUCCCAAAAAGAGCCAAAAGCGCAUGCGCACUGAACCAGAAGACAAUGAUGAUCCUCACUAUCCCCAACCACUUGAGGAAUUGUUGAAGAUGACCAUCUUCCAGCUUAGGAAAGUUGCACAGGAACACUCGAAGCACGCCAUGUCAGCUGCUGAUGAGCAGUUUUUCCUUGAUUUCUAUGGCGAACAAGAAAUCCAGCUGGUGAUCAAAGCAAUCGAGCGUGGAGUUUUGAUGUCAAUGGUUAACUCCCUCUUGGGAAGGCGGUUGGCGUUUAAAGAGGCUAACCGAUGGAACCGAUUCCUCCAAACUGACCAGGCGCAAUUAAUAUUUCAACAGAGUGGCUUGGGAGUGAAUGACAAAAAUGUCAUGAAGGCACUUUCUGAAGCCUAUCACCAAUUGUCCGACGAGGAGAAGGCUGCGCUUGUGGCAGAACCAAUUGCAACUGAUCUGGCCGCCGACGGAACCCCGCUACAGGAAUCAAGCAAGGUGCAAGCUAUGAGUGACACAGUCCCUCAGGAGUCCGCCACCCACCGCCGGGCCUUGAAUGUUGCAAAGAGCUGCUCCUGCGAAUUUGUAUUCUUUGCAGUGUCAAACCAUCUGGGCUCGCAUAGUUUCCAGCUUGUCCGAACCACCCCUGGCGCUACUGCUAUCCAGAAAGUGAUCCUUGACAAUGAUGGGAACAACAACUAUUCAGCCCGGCUUCAAGCCUACCUAACCCGUGGUAGUAUCAGCCAGGUUGCUGCUGCCAAAUAG